GCAUAUUUGUUGCGUCUCGAAGGAGAGCGACUCCGGGGUCAGAGUAGAGAUUCCGAGUGACACAAGAGAUGGCUCUGCGGGCGGUGCGGCUCGUCGUGCAGCCCGGUGCCGCCGUGUUCAGACUCGGCGCUGUGCUGCACACGGCCAGGAUCCACUCAGGUGGCCCCAAGAACCUGCAGUGUGGCUGGUGGGCAUAUGCUCUGGGUGAGCGCACCAUGCCACGGUUCAAGGAGAACAGCAAGAUCUUCAGCAUCGAUGGCAAUUUAGCAUCUGGGAAGGGUGCUUUGGCACAAAAGCUUGCUGACAAAUUAGGGAUGCUGUACAUGCCUGAGCCUGACACACACUACCUGGACAAAGUAACAGGGGAAAGUCAGCUUCUGGACAUGCAAUUCAAUGGCAACUGUAGUCUGGAGAAGUUCUACAAGGACCCCAAGGCCCCUGAUGGGAAUUCCUACCGCUUGCAGUCCUGGAUGUACCACGUCCGCCUCCUGCAAUACUCGGAUGCCAUUGAGCACCUCCUCACCACGGGACAGGGUGUGAUCUUGGAGCGGUCCCCAUUCAGCGAUUUGGUGUUCUUGGAGGCCAUGUUCAAGCAGGGCUACAUAAGGAAACAGUGUGUGGAGCACUACAAUGAGAUUAAGGGCAUCAGCAUUUGUGAAUUCUUGCCUCCUCACCUGGUUAUUUAUGUGGAUGUCCCAGCUGAAGAGGUGCAGAAGAAGCUCAAACAGACAGGAAAGCCGGAACUUGAAAACGUCCCCGUGGCCUACCUAAAGAGCAUCGAGGAGUCCUACAAGAAAACGUUCCUCCCGAAGAUCAGCGAGUGUUCUGAAAUGCUGGUCUAUGAUGGAGCUCAAGCCCUGGAUAUUGAGAAGGUUGCAGAAGACAUUGAGUACUUGAAGUUUGACAAAGGGCCCUGGCUGGAGCAGGACGAUGUCACCUUCCAUUAUAUGCGGAUGCUGGUUGAGGACAAACAGAGGGUUGCUGACCUGACCUGCAUCCCAAGGUUCCUCCCCGAGGUCACCAUCGGGGCCCACGAAUACGACAAGGCCUACCAUGACUUCAAAUCGCUUCCGGGGAAGAAGUAUGCCCCAGGUUACAACGCAGACGUCGGUGACAAGAACAUCUGGCUGAAGUGAUAAUGUUUCUUUCUUUGGAUGCUGUAUAGAAGACUGCUCUGCUCCUCUGCGGUUCUACUGUAUUGUACAGGGGCUAAUUUGUAUGUCAUAAGAUUAUUGUAUGUAUUAAAAGGGACAUGUUCUAAAACA